GCGAGAAGACGUCGAAAGCAGACGAGAGCAAACCAACUAUUUUGUUGGUGGCUCAAAAAUUAGCGAAAACCAGAGUGCAAGCAGAAAUCAAUAUUUCUCUAAUAAUUUAUUUUAAUUAACUUAUUCUGUGAAACCACACUAAAAAUCAACAAAAUGCUGUUCUACACCAAAAGGUCUGAUUCUAAAGCAAAAGAAAUGCUGAGCGCUUGCGCAAAACGACUUUUGUGGCUGCUCGUGUGGAUGGCAGCCGUGAUGGCCUCACCCUUCAUCUGGCUCAAGAGCCUCCGCCGACCGAAAAGCCUACCGCGCAUCCGCAACCCCCUCCUGCUCCAGAGCGCCACCACGCUUGCGCAGAAGAUCCGAACUCAACAGGUGAGCAGCGAGGAGGUAAUGAGGGCGGUGAUCGCGCGCACCAAAGAGGUGCAGCCUCAGCUCAACUGCGUUGUCGACGAGAGGUACGAAGACGCGUUGAAGGAGGCCCAGCAGGUGGACCAAAUGAUCCGCUCAGGGGUGAAAACCGUUGAGCAAAUGGAACAGGAAACUCCCUUCCUCGGAGUACCCUUUUCUGUCAAGGAAAGCAUCGCCGUCCAAGGGCUGAGCAACACAUCUGGCCAGAAGCUCCAUGCGCCGAAAAUCGCAUCUCAGGACGCUCACACCGUGACCUUGGUGCGCGCAGCCGGUGGCAUUCCCUUCGUGGUGACCAACACUCCCGAGCUGUGCAUGUGCUACGAGACGGACAACAACAACACCGGACGCACCAACAACCCGUACGACUUGCGCAGAUCGCCCGGUGGCUCCUCCGGCGGCGAGGCUGCCCUUUUGGCCUCGGCGGGUUCGGUGGUCGGUUUGGCAUCUGACGUGGGAGGAUCGGCGCGACUGCCCGCCGCCUUCACCGGCAUCUUCGGCCACAAACCAUCGCCAGGAUUCGUUUCUAACGAGGGCCACUGCCCGAGCUCCAGCGACCCCAACUGGGACAGAUUCUUCAGCGUUGCUCUGAUGGGCAGGUACGCCGAAGAUUUGGCACCUACCCUGAAAGUCAUGGCUGGAGGUAACGCCCCCGCACUCAACCUGGACCGCAAGGUGGACCUGAAAGGAAUGCGCAUUUGCUAUGUUGAGGAUGACGGCGGCGUCUUCACCAGGACGCUCAACCCCGAGGUCAAAUCCGCCCUGAGGAAGGCUGUGAACCAUCUGGAGAAGUCUUGCGGCGUCAAGGCUGAAAAGUUGUGCAUAGACGAGCUGAAGGACAUUUUCGAAAUCGCGUCGACGAUUUUGCUGAAAAUGAACGGCGUCGAGUGCAUGUUCCAGGCCGAGCCCGGCUCUAAGGAAUGGAAAAGUGUGACCUGGGAGUGGGUGCGUUACUUCGCCUGCAUGUCCGACUACACAUUUCCACCCCUGUUGUACGGCAUGUUGAAACGCGUCGCCGACCGCGUGUCCGAGGAGGAUUUCAGAGAGAUGGUUGCGGCCAACCAGAGGAUCAAGACUAUUUUCAAGGAAAAACUUGGCGAGCACGGCGUGGUACUUUUCCCGUCCUUCGUCGAGCCGGCACUCCUCCACCGCGAGAUCUACUACAAGUUCCUCAACGUUUCCUACCUGGUCACUUUCAACGCUACCGAGAUGCCAGUAACCAACUGUCCGGUCGCCAUUUCUUCUCAAGGCCUGCCCAUCGGCAUCCAGGUGGCCGCGAACCCUCUGCAGGACAGACUGACCAUCGCCGUUGCUCAAGAACUUGAACGCGCCUUCGGAGGAUGGACGCCUCCCCCUGCCGACCAGAAGGAGACUGUGUGAGAAACACGCCCGCCGCACCUGAACCUGCAAGGGCGAUCUGUUACCCUCAAGGCCUCCUCCUCACUCUAGAACAUGGGACCGAAUUUUAAAUUUAAAGUAAAAAUGAUUUUAAAUUUUAAUUCCAGUCGCAAAAGCCAGAGGUGGUGCCGAUCCCUCUGAGAUUUCAACUGGAUUUUUUAUUGUUUUGAGGGCGGAUUGUCGAUUUUCCAAUCAGAGGCCAAAGGCUUGGAUUGGAGUUUCUAUUCAAAAAUUCCGCAGCUCAAGAUUUUUAACGUGAAGUUUUAAAUAUUGAGAAAAAUUUUGAUUGCCUAAUUGUUUGUGGCCGAGGUGGUGCCGAUCCCUUGGUCACUUUGGCAGAAAAUUUUAAUUCACGAACGCGGAAUGUUGAUUUUCCAAUCAGAGGUCAUAUUUUGGCUUGGAUUGGAUUAUCGAAAAUUCAGUAGCUCGUUUAUUAUUAUAUUCAAUAGGCAUAGAUUUGAAAUGGUCUCAUGUGAGUGGAGGAUGGUGAAAAAUAAAGUACCUGGCCAGACACGUGUGUGCCUGAUUUGUCGAUAUUUAUUAUUUUUCUACAUAAAUACAAGUGUUUUCACGCACUGACGAUAAAGUGAAUAAAUAAAUGUCGUCGUUAACU